AUGGGUGUUAAUGGCCUGGGUGGAAGUGGGCGAUGCACAGUACACAAGGAGGUGCACAGAAGCCAUAAUUUCCUGUCUGACGAUCCCACACUCUCCUCCCCACGAGCCCACAAUCUCCUUCCCACGAGGCCACACUCUCCUCCCCACGAGGCCAUACUUUCCUCUCCACGAGCCCACACUCUCCUCCCACGAGGCCACACUCUCCUCCCCACGAGGCCACACUUUCCUCUCCACGAGCCCACACUCUCCUCCCCACGAGGCCACACUCUCAUCGCCACGAUGCCACCCUCUCCCCCCACGAGGCCGCACUCCUCCCCACGAUGCCACACUCUCCUUCCCAACGAGCCCACACUCUCCUCACUACGAGGCCACUCUCUUCUCCCUACGAGGCCACACUCUUCUCCCCACGAGGCCACACUCUUCCCCACGAGGCCACACUCUUCUCCUUACGAACCUACACUCUCCUCCCCAUGGGGACACACUCUCCUCCCCAGGAGACCACACCCUCCACCUCCCACGAGGCCACCCUCUCCACCCCACAAGGCCACACUCUCCUGCCCACGAACCCACACUCUCCUCCCCACGAGGCCACACUCUUCUCCUUAUGAACUACACUCUCCUCCCCGCGAGGACACACUCUCCUCCCCAGGAGGCCACACUCUCCACCCACCCUCUCCACCCCACAAGUCCACACUCUCCUCCCCAUGA